UAUAUGAAUUGUGCAAGGACGAGAUGAGAAGCAAAUGUGUAUUAGGUACCAUGCCUUACAACAUUCACUCCCCAAUGAGGAAUUGGUACCACUUUGUCACCUAUUCAAGGCAAGCAAUUUUGUUAUGGACUUCACUGACUGUAGUUCUAUGCAACUGUAGCCCCAGCUUCAAGUGUCCUUUGGAGGAGUAUGAAGCUCUAUUAGAGCUUAGAUAUUCUCUCCUUCAUAAUAACCUCCCUUCACCACCUACAUGGGGAAGAGAAAGAGACUGCUGCCUUUGGGAGGGAGUAACUUGCAACAAUAGAACACAUCAAGUGAUGAAGCUGACGCUAUCGAGCCUAGAAGAAUAUGAUGAAUUGGCGAAUUGGCAAUUGAAUUUCAACAUUUUUUUCUCCUUUCAUGAGCUCCGACUACUUGACUUGUCCAACAUUAAUAUUGGAGGAUUGCAAUCACAGAUAGAUAUAUCAAGAUUCAAAAAGUUGAAAAUCCUUGAUCUCAGCAAUAACCAACUCACUGGAACUAUUCCGUUAUCUUUUAAAAAUCAAUCUUCGCUUAGGGUCCUAAAUCUGCAAGGCAACUAUCUAAAUGGCACACUUGAUGUGCAAGAUAUAUCAGGAUUCCAAAAAUUGAAAAUUCUUGAUCUCAGCUUUAACGGGCUCACUGGAACUAUUCCAUUAUCGUUUAGAAAUCUAUCUUCACUUAGUGCCCUAUAUCUAAGAGGCAACAUGCUAAAUGGCACCCUUCAUGUGCAAGAUAAAUCAAGAUUCAGAAAGUUGAAGAUCCUUGAUCUCAGUGAUAACAGCCUCACUGGGACUAUUCCAUUAUAUCUCAAAAAUCUAUCUUCACUUAAUGCCCUAUAUCUAGGGGGCAACAUGCUAAAUGGCACACUUCAUAUGCAAGGCCUUCUGGGAAUGCGGAAGCUUAGAGUGCUUGAUCUUGGAUUUAAUCAGCUCACAGGAGGGAUACCCAUAGCCUUGGGAAAUUUAUCUUCCCUUAAUUCCUUAUAUUUGGGUCAAAAUAGUCUAACAGGUUCAGUGCCUUCACAAGACCUUACAGCAUUGGAUGUCAGCAAUAACCAGCUUUCAGGUAAACUGCCAAGACAGAUAGGAGAAAAUAUACCUUUGGAGAUUCUUGUUCUUAGUGGAAACUCACUUGAAGGCCCUGUACCAAUUGAGUUAUGCAAGCUACAGUCUUUACAUGUUCUGGAUCUUUCGCAAAACAAUAUUUCAGGAUCAAUACCCUCUUGCUUUGGCAAAAUGCACUUCAGAAAAUCUGAUUCAGCACAUCAAUAUUUGUCUGUCGUUGGCGAAUUGGGUUUUGGUAGUCGAUGGGAAGUCAAUACGGGUGUGGAGUCUUACAUAACUGAGAUAAUGAUUGUAGACCUCAUCAGCAAAGGCAACUUAUAUGCCUACAGAACGGAUUAUUUGGUUCUGAUGUCUGCAAUUGAUUUGUCAGCAAACAAGCUGACUGGAAACAUCCCACUAGAAAUUGGAAAUCUGGAUGAGCUUGUACAAUUGAAUCUAUCACACAAUCAGCUAACAGGUCCAAUCCCACAAACUUUCUCAAAACUCCAUCAGAUUGAGAGCUUGGAUUUAUCACACAAUCAGUUGAGUGGUGUGAUACCUUCGCAAUUGACUCAACUAAAGUUCUUAGAGGUCUUUUCAGUGGCCUACAAUAUCUUAUCUGGAUGUACACCGGAUUUCAAAGAUCAAUUUGCCACAUUUAACGUGAGUAGCUAUGAGGGUAAUAUUGGAUUACAUGGGCCGCCACUAGAGAAG